AUGCUGUCUUCUAUAUCGGCCGCCUUUGCACCGGCACCCGAAGGUUCACAGCAACGGCCCCCUCGGUAUGCCGGCGAGGAUACUACCCCGACCACCCGCCGAGAGAUCCUGGGCUGGUAUUCCUAUGGCAUUGCUGCGGAAGUGUUUGCGGUCUGCGGCGUAGGCUCCUUCCUACCACUCACGCUGGAGCAACUAGCCCGCGAACGCGGCACCCUCCAAAAGAGCCAUCUACCAUGCACCGGACCCUCGGCGGGAAACAGCACGAACGAUGCCGCGAAUGGACAGUGUGUUGUCCCGGUCUUUGGACUUGAAAUCAACACCGCGAGCUUCGCCAUGUAUACCUUCUCAUUGGCAGUGCUGAUUCAGGCAUUGACAUUGAUCUCGUUCAGCGCGCUGGCAGACUACGAGGACAUGAACGUUAACGACAGGGUUCUCCGGUCGCGGUUUCUAGAAAACAAUCGCAAAACCUUGCUCAUGGUAUUCGGAUUUGCCGGUUCCCUGGCUAGCAUGUUGUUCGUGUUUAUCGCUCCGCCUGUGUUUAUCCUGGGUUCCAUCCUUGUGGUCGUGGGUGUGACCUGCCUUGGCUCUUCAUUUGUCGUCCUCAAUUCCUACCUCCCGGUCCUAGUCGCCAAUGAUUCUUCUCUUCAAGCCAGCAAGACGAACGAAGACGCGGAGUUGUCGACCUUCGACCCAGACGGCGAAAGCCCCGAAUGGAACGCAUGGGAUAGCGACGGCGACAAUGACAGCUUGGAUGGACUGAACCCAUCGCACCAGCCCAACCACUCGCCGGAAGAGGGCAAGGGAGCCCGGUCUCCGUCCUCCUCGCCGGAGCUGCAGUUGUCCACCAAGAUUUCGUCCCGGGGCAUUGGUCUCGGCUACUGCGCCGCCGUCUUUGUGCAGAUCAUCAGUAUAAUCAUGCUCGUCACGCUCUCCAAGACGUCUCUUGUCAAUGUCUCGGCCACUCUUCCCAUGCGGUUUGUCUUGCUCCUGGUCGGUAUCUGGUGGGGUGCGUUCACGCUGGUCACUCGUCAGUUGCUGAAGACCCGACCGGGGCCUCCGCUCGACAGUGUCUCUACGCAAGGUACCGCACGCUGGAGGGCCUGGCUGCGACUGAUGGGAUUCGCCUGGAAGUCAUUGUGGGAAACGGUCAAAGUAGUGAUGAAAUUGCGAGAGGUGCUCAUCUUCCUCGUAGCAUGGUUCCUGCUCUCGGAUGCCAUUGCCACGGUUUCGGGCACGGCGAUCCUGUUCGCGCGCACGGAGCUCAAGUUGAGCACGCCACUGGUCGGACUUCUCUCCAUCACCGCGACCGUGUCCGGGAUGAUGGGUGCAUUCCUGUGGCCACACGUGUCUCGGCACUUUGGACUACAAUCCAACCACACUAUCAUUGUCUGCAUUGUCCUGUUUGAGAUGAUUCCGUUGUACGGGUUGUUGGCUUACAUCCCGUUCAUCAAAAAUUGGGGCGUUAUUGGCUUGCAACGGCCGUGGGAGAUCUUCCCGCUGGCCAUCGUCCACGGAAUCGUGUCGGGCGGGUUGGCGUCCUAUUGCCGAUCGUUUUUCGGGCUCUUGAUCCCGCCUGGGAACGAGGCUGCGUUUUACGCUCUCUAUGCCGCGACUGACAAAGGUAGCUCUUUUAUUGGACCGGCAAUUGUGGGGAUUUUAGUGGAUGCUACCGGUCAAGUCCGGAGUGGAUUUUUCUUUAUUGCUAUUCUCAUAGUUCUGCCUAUUCCGCUGGUAUGGAUGGUGAACGCGGACAAAGGACGCCGCGAAGGUUUGGCCAUGGCUGAGACCCUGAAGUCACAUGGUCCUGCCAAUUCCCAGGAGGCUGAAGGUCUCCUGGCGAGUCACGAUUGA